GGGAGGGGCGGGGCCCCCGCGAGCCGCUGUGGGUAAAGCCGUGCGCUCGGAGGCAGGCAGGCAGCCGGCUGGGGAGGCACGGGUCUUGCUGCUGCGUUCCAUCCUGGCCAUGGCAGCGGCGCCACUGAAAGUGUGCAUCGUGGGCUCGGGGAACUGGGGUUCAGCUGUUGCAAAAAUAAUUGGUAAUAAUGUCAAGAAACUUAAGAAGUUUGCCUCCACAGUUAAGAUGUGGGUCUUUGAAGAAACGGUUAAUGGGAGAAAACUGACAGACAUCAUAAAUAAUGACCAUGAAAAUGUAAAAUAUCUCCCUGGACACAAGCUGCCAGAAAAUGUGGUUGCUGUCCCAAACCUCAGUGAGGCCGUGCAGGAUGCAGACCUGCUGGUGUUUGUCAUUCCCCACCAGUUCAUUAACAGAAUCUGUGACGAGAUCACCGGGAGAGUGCCCAAGGAAGCGCUAGGAAUCACCCUCAUCAAGGGCAUAGACGAGGGUCCUGAGGGGCUGAAGCUCAUUUCCGACAUCAUCCGGGAGAAGAUGGGCAUUGACGUCAGCGUGCUCAUGGGAGCCAACAUUGCCAGUGAAGUGGCUGCAGAGAAGUUUUGUGAGACCACCAUCGGCAGCAAGAUAAUGGAGAAUGGCCUUCUCUUCAAAGAGCUUCUGCAGACUCCAAAUUUUCGAAUUACUGUGGUUGACGACGCAGACACUGUCGAACUUUGUGGUGCUCUUAAGAACAUUGUAGCGGUGGGAGCCGGGUUCUGCGACGGCCUCCACAGCGGGGACAACACCAAAGCUGCCGUCAUCCGCCUGGGGCUCAUGGAAAUGAUCGCCUUCGCCAAGAUCUUCUGCAAGGGCCAGGUGUCCACGGCCACCUUCCUGGAGAGCUGCGGCGUGGCCGACCUCAUCACCACCUGCUACGGAGGCCGGAACCGCAGGGUGGCCGAGGCGUUUGCCAGAACCGGGAAGACGAUCGAAGAAUUGGAGAAGGAGAUGCUGAAUGGACAGAAGCUCCAAGGACCUCAGACGUCCGCUGAAGUGUACCGGAUCCUGAAACAGAAGGGGCUAGUCGACAAGUUCCCGUUGUUUACGGCAGUGUAUCAGAUCUGCUAUGAAGGCAAACCCGUUCAAGAGAUGUUGUCUUGUCUCCAGAGCCACCCAGAGCACGUAUAAAGUGGAUGGUGCAGCGUGUCGGGGAACGUGCUGCCUUUCUGAUCAGUCUUUUUCAUUCAAAUGGAAACUGGGACUGGGCAACAUGAUGUUCGCUUGACCAUAAUCCUGUCAUGGGUGCGGAUGCAUUUUUACCAAUUCAUUUCUGAAUUGCGAGACACAAUUCACUGGCUAAGAUGUGGUGGGCAACAAAUAGACACGUGUGAAUGUGUGAGUCUGUUCAUUUCUCAUGCUGUGGAUGUUUCUAUGAACCAAAAUUAAAGGUCCUUUUUAAAAAUUACUUUUGAAAUUUUCCCACCGUGGUAGCUUAGAAGAUGGGAAUGAUCUCAGCUAAAUUUUUUACAUCGAAUCCAUAUGCAUUUGAGUGAAGGGAUUUUUUUUUUCUCAUUCUCUUGAUGUUAAAACUGAACCAGCAUUAACAUGGUAGAACGGACGAGUGAGUGUGUUCAAAGAUCAACAUACUGUAACUUAAACUCUAUCUCAAAGCCAGCAUAAUUAUCUACUUUGAUUGUGGGUUGGUCUUUUUUUUAACAAUUAGAGAUUUUUAAUUAGGUGAUCCACUUAUGUAUCUUCCUCUUUGCAGUUUUCUGUAUUUUUAGCCUCUUUUCUCUUCAUUAGCUGCCAGAGUGUGCUUUCAUAAAGGUUCAGCAGUGGUGGAAGACAGAAAAUGCAUCUGGGAUUUUCCUGCUGUGACUGACACAUUCUAGUGAUGAAUACACUUGUAUGAUGCUUUUUGUUGGGUAGUCCUUUUGUGCAAACAUUUCCUCUAAGCCUCACAGAUCCACUGAGAUGGGACUCCUGUUACUCCUCCUUUGAGUGGCAGUCCCAGUGCCUGGUCACCUGGCGAGUAGGGGCAGAGCUGGGAGUCAAGUCCAGUCUUCCUCCACCCCAUCAAGGUGCCCAGACCUCAGGCAUCACUGGGCUGAUCCCGGUGAUGGUUGGUUGUGACAGAUGCCAUGCGCAGCCUUUCCUGAGACUAACAGGGCUUCCUGCAGCUGAGGUUUGUGUGGGUCCCGUCUAGGUGGAUGCCACUCAGAGUGUGGUCCUCACUCCAUCAGCUCCACUUAGAGUCUCUUAGAAAUGCAGGCUUCCAGGUCCCACCCCAGACCUCUGAAGUGGGGUAAGGUAUCUAUACUUGAAUAUGCCUUCCAUGUGUUUCUGAUGCUCACUACAAUUUGAGAACCACUACUUUAGAAAUUCUACUCGGAUUGGCAUUUCUCAAACCAUGUUCCAUAGGACAGGAGUGUCCUGGGAUCCCAUGGUUAUUUGGGGAGUUCUCUGGCAAGGUCAAGUGCAUUUGGGAAAAGCUGCCUCUGCACACCUCUCUUGAAGGCAAAGAAUGUAUGUUAGUAUGUCAGUAGAACUUAUCUAAUCCAGCAAGUUCCAAACAGCUUAGACUAUGAAGAUUUUUUUUGGCAGAGGAUCUUGCCGAAUUUUCAAGGGAUCACUGUCCUAGGCCAUGGUGACCUGAGGACAGCUCAAGUAUACCCUUUACUCCCUGCAGAAGUUAGGAUGAAUAACUACCUACCUGUGGUAUCGUUAGCUCUGAACUUCUACAGUUCAGGCCUGCAAUGAAUCUUGGAUGAAGCUUUAAGGUGACACUGUCAAGUACAACCAAGUAGAUGUCAACCUCGCUGAAACGCACAUUAUGUCGAAUAAGUGCUUUUAAUUCUAGAAUUAGAAUGGGGAUUACUGUAUCUUCUUAAAUGGGAUUGAUUUCAGGAUAGCAUUAUAGUUACCUUACAUAGCACUUGUUAAGUGUUAAAGAAAGGUCUGAAUGUCACUUAUAUAUUCAUGGAUUUUCAGUCACAUUGUGAGAUUUUUGACUUUUGUUUUUUAAUUUUCCAGUUUGGGACUUGUUUUCCUUCUAUAUCUGAAAUGAUUGUAGAAUAGAUUUUUGGGUUGAAUUUUAAAAACUCAAUCCAAAACAUUCUGGAGGGGGUGCAUUUUAAAUCCUCAUACACAGAAGUCUAUGAAAGCACACAAAAUCUACAAGUGUCUUUGAUUUUUUGUGCCACUGUUAAGUUAAUCAAUUUUUGCUUGUCUCAUGAUCUUUUUAAAAAUUUGUACAUAGAUAACAAAGUGUUACUUUUUAAGAUACUUAAUAAAGGGCUGUAAGCUAGUUGUGGUGUCUGUUAAGUAGGAUGAUUAGAUGUGAGGAAUUAGGAUUUUGUUUUAUGUAUAUUCUCAUCUGCAUUCAGCUUCCUACUCUGGGUUUUGUACUUGCUUUUUCUUUAUGAGUGUUCUCUUGCCAAUCUGAAGUCCACUGACUGUACCUCUUGAACAUAACUUCUGAUAUCCUGCACAUUAAUGGAAAAAGGCAAAUUUUGUUAAGUUUGUGAUCUGCUGACUGUAGAUAUUUAUUACUCUACAAGUUAUCUAUUUUUGUAACCACCUGUGGUCCAUCAUUUAAUUUUAAUUCUCAUUCCUUACUAAUCAUGGUAAUAGGGAGGGAGACAUCUAGAGGAAAAAGCUUAAUUUGUACUAGUUCAGCCAAUCUGUGAAUGUAAAAACUUCACUGUUGCCUUGCUAUAAUCUAGCCUACUAUAAUGUGGAACAAAUAUCUGUCUUGAAAUCCAUCCUAGCAGGUGGAGUCGAGCUAGACUCCUUCUGGUUUUUCAUUCAACUGUCAACUAAAACCUGGCCCCAUGGCAUCAGCCCACGGAGUGAUGAGGUGCCCGUGUACGAACGGAUCUUUCAUUUUUCCACCACUUCUAAUCUAAGAGCCUUUUACUUAACAUGUAUACUGUAUCUGUUUACAGACUAUAGGUGGAUAUAAUUUAAAAGCUUGAUUUAAUAAACAUUUAAUGCCCCAAACCUGUGCUGCUGGUCCUUUUUUCAAUAAUCAGCUUAGUUAAG